AAUCAGCCGAAAGAAUCAUAGGAUUAAUGCCGCAUUUGAGCGAGUAACUGUAUUGUUCACUGUGAAUCUUUUCUUUCCCACGAUUUAGAGCUCUCUGAACUGCACAGUUUACUCCUUCAGUUUCAAAAAAAAUAGUCAACAAUAUAAAAGCCUGCUUCCUACGUUUUCUUCCCUGCAUUUUUCUCUCUCGCUAAAUAUAUAACGCUGUCAUUUUUCAAAAUGAUCACCCGAUUUUUUAGACCUACAAAAAUAGCUGUCAAUUGUAUUGCACUAGCUCUUCAUAAUACAGAACGGCGAAAUUUUUCAAAAAUAGCCGUUCGCUCUCUAUCCACCUUCGACAAGCAUCAUUCGGUAUUUGAAGCAUUAGGUUUGCAGAAGACGAAUAAUAGGGGUGUUUUUGACGGUGAAUGGAAAGGUUCAGGCGAUGUUGUUCCAUCUUAUAAUCCAGUCAAUAAUGAAGUUAUUGCUGAAGUCGUGACGGGCACAACGGAAGAUUUGAAUGUAGCUCUCGAAAAGGUAGCAGAGGCGCAAAAAAUAUGGAGAGAGCUUCCUGUACCAAAGCGUGGUCAUGUAUUGCUGACCAUGAGAAAUGCACUUGUGGCGAAUUUGGAACCGUUAGGGAAGCUUGUUGCUCUUGAGAUGGGAAAGAUUCUGCCAGAGGGCAUUGGAGAAGUACAAGAGUAUAUUGAUAUUUUGGAAUAUGCAUUAGGCCUAUCUAGAACACUUCAAGGAUCAAUCAUUCCUUCGGAAAGGCCUGGUCAUGCUAUGUUAGAAACAUGGAAUCCUUUAGGUACAGUUGGCAUCAUCAGUGCAUUCAAUUUCCCAGUGGCUGUUUAUGGUUGGAACUGUGCCAUAGCACUUGUGACGGGAAAUGGUACUCUUUGGAAACCAGCGCCUACUACCUCACUGGUGUCUAUCGCUGUGACUCGCAUUAUAGCGCAAGCCCUCAAGGAGCAUAACCUACCGACAUCUUUGUGUGCUUUGGUGACUGGAGGCACUGAUGUUGGAAAAGCAUUGGUUGAAGAUGAACGCGCCCACGUUAUCUCGUUUACAGGAUCUACGAAAGUAGGAAGAGAAGUCGGCAAAGUCGUGCAAGGUCGAUUUGGACGCUCCAUCCUAGAACUAGGUGGUAAUAAUGCCUUGAUCGUCACCGACAACUGUGAUUUAGAUUUGGCAGCUAGAGCCAUUUUAUUUGCAGCAGUUGGUACUGCCGGACAGCGCUGUACCACAACACGCCGUUUGAUUGUUCAUGAAUCUGUGUAUGACACACUUAUUGAAAAGCUGAAAAAAGCCUAUAUGCAAGUCAAGGUGGGCGAUCCUUUAGAUGAUGGCGUAUUAUGUGGUCCGCUUCAUACAAAGAGUGCUGUUCAAGUCUUCAAAGAUACAGUGGAAAAAGUAAAGCAGCACGGUGGAACCAUAUUAUGCGGCGGUAACGUACUCAACACGGGUCAUUUAAAGGAUGGUAAUUUCGUAGAGCCCACCAUGACUUUCGUCACGCCUGAUAUGGAAGUCGUGCAAAACGAAGCCUUCGUUCCCAUUUUGCAUACAAUGAAGUACAAAACAUUGGACGAGGCUAUAGCUAUCAACAAUAAUGUCUCUCAAGGCUUGUCUAGUUCAAUCUUUACAAACGACCCUGCCACCAUCUUUAGAUGGAUCGGUCCUACUGGAUCUGAUUGCGGUAUCAUUAACGUGAAUAUACCUACUAAUGGAGCAGAAAUUGGCGGUGCAUUUGGAGGAGAGAAAGCAACUGGCGGCGGCCGUGAAAGUGGCAGUGACAGUUGGAAGCAAUAUUGCAGGAGAGGUACCUGCACAAUCAAUUACUCUGGUGCAUUACCAUUAGCUCAGGGCAUUAAUUUUGGUUGAAGCAAUUUUAGACAAUAAAAUUCAACUAAAAAAGUUUGUAAAACGAAUAACAUUUUCUUUUCUGAAUAA